GGGCGGCCCCGGGCCCGUCCGGCGGUGCCGCCAUGGCCGCCAUGGCCGGGAGCCGCACGCAGAAGAUCGGCAGCGUGUUCAGCCGGACGCGGAACCUGGUGCGCAUCGGGCUGCUGGAGAAGCCGCUGUGGCUGGACGUGUACGCCGCGUUCCCUCCGCUGCGGGAGCCCGUGUACCGACUGCCGCGGCAGCGCCGUGGCACUGCCCGCGACCCCAUCGCUCCCAUCUUCUACCGGGAGGACACCGUGCGAGCGAGGUUUUACCAAAUUUAUGGCAAUGGCCCCAAACCUUUCGACCUGACACAGUUAAACUUCAAAUCUACUUGCCAGAGGUUUGUUGAGAAGUACAAUGAGCUGAAGGAAGAAGGGAAAAUUGAAGAGGAGAAAUUGUUUGAAGAAACAGGAAAAGCCCUUUUAGCCAGUGGGAUCAUUUUACAGAGGAGAGGAGUAGAUAAAAUGGCUCAGCAGGAGCAGCAGGGUGCUGGAUCCAGGGAUCCUGCCUUGCAGCUGCAGCUCCAAACUGUGCUGGAGGACCUGCAGGAGAAGAGGAAGGACAGGCAGGAGCAGCCACCAGAGCUGGCAGGGACACAGAAGGAGAACCCCUGUCCCUCCUGACAGCCCUGCUGAGCUGUGUCACCUGCCAGGAGCCAAGCUCCAGCCCUCUUUUGGGACAUUUCCCUGAGGGAGCAGGAUCCUGGUGCCUUCCAUGUGACACAUGUUCCCCUCUGUCCAGCUCCACAUUGAUAAAGUCACAGAUAAUCUUAUUUUUUUUGAAAAGGUUCACGACUGUAUUCUGAAACUGAGUUGGAAAAUACCGAGUGUAAAAAUGGAAAAUUAAAAACAUUUUCUUUAAAAACUGGAA